GAGACGGUGAAACGGCACAGCACAUGAAUCAAAUGGACCAAACAAAAUUCUGCUGUUCAGUCUGUUUGGAUCUACUGAAGGAUCCGGUGACUAUUCCCUGUGGACACAACUACUGCAUGAACUGUAUUAAAACCCACUGGGAUACAGAGGAAAAGAAGAGAAUCUACAGCUGCCCUCAGUGCAGACAGACUUUCACACCGAGGCCUGUCCUGGUGAAAAACACCAUGUUAGCAGAAUUAGUGGAGGAGCUGAAGAACACUGGACUCCAAGCUGCUCCUGCUGAUCACUGCUAUGCUGGACCUGAAGAUGUGGCCUGUGAUGUCUGCACUGGAAGAAAAAUGAAAGCCUUCAAGUCCUGUUUAUUUUGUCUGGCAUCUUACUGUAAGGAACACCUUCAGCCUCAUUAUGAUGUGGUUCCAUUAAAGAAACACAAGCUGAUGGAGCCCUCCAAGAAGCUCCAGGAGAACAUCUGCUCUCGUCAUGAUGAGGUGAUGAAGAUGUUCUGUCGUACUGAUCAGCAGAUUAUCUGUUAUCUCUGCUGUGUGGAUGAACAUAAAGGCCACGACACAGUCUCAGCUGCAGCAGAAAGGACUGAGAGGCAGAGAGAGCUGGAGGUGAGUCGACAAAACAUCCAGCAGAGAAUCCAGGAAAGAGAGAAAGAUGUGAAGCUGCUUCAACAGGAGGUGGAGGCCAUCAAUCAGUCUGCUGAUCAAACAGUGGAGCACAGUGAGAAGAUCUUCACUGAGCUGAUCCAUCUCAUCCAGAAAAGAAGCUCUGAUGUGAAGCAGCAGAUCAGAUCCCAGCAGGAAACUGAAGUGAGUCGAGUCAAAGAGCUUGAGGAGAAGCUGGAGCAGGAGAUCACUGAGCUGAAGAGGAAAGAUGCUGAGCUGAAGCAGCUCUCACACACAGAGGAUCACAUCCAGUUUCUACACAACUACCCCUCACUGUCAGCACUCAGUGAGUCUACAGACUCAUCCAGCAUCAAUAUCCGUCCUCUGAGCUACUUUGAGGAUGUGACAGCAGCUGUGUCAGAGGUCAGAGAUAAACUACAGGACAUUCUGAGAGAGGAAUGGACAAACAUCUCACUGACAGUCACUGAAGUGGAUGUUUUACUGUCAGAUCCACCAGAGCCAAAGACCAGAGCUGAAUUCUUAAAAUAUUCAUGUGAAAUCACACUGGAUCCAAACACAGCACACAAACAGCUGUUAUUAUCAGAGGGGAACAGAAAGGCAACAUUAAUGGAAGACCUACAGUCUUAUUCUGAUCAUCCAGACAGAUUCACUGUACGAUAUCAGGUCCUGAGUAGAGAGAGUCUGACUGGACGUUGCUACUGGGAGGUGCAAUGGAGAGGGAGAGGAGGUUAUGUAGUAGUUUCGUAUAAGAAUAUUAUCAGAGAAGAUUGUGGGAAUGAAUCUAAAUUUGGACAUAAUGACAAAUCCUGGUCAUUAAAUUGUUAUCAAAACCAUUAUAAAUUGUGGCACAACAACAUCCAAACUCCUGUCUCAGGUCCUCAGUCCUCCAGAGUAGGAGUGUACCUGGAUCACAGAGCAGGUAUUUUGUCCUUCUACAGCGUCUCUGAAACCAUGACUCUCCUCCACAGAGUCCAGACCACAUUCACUCAGCCGCUCUAUGCUGGACUUUGGCUUUACUGCAAUUUUGGAGACACUGCUGAGUUGAUUAAACUCAAGUAGAAUGAAGUAUUUUCGUAUUGUCUAAUAUCGUUGUAUUUUACUUUUAUAAAAUGGUGACAUGCUUGAAUCCCUGUUGGAUUGUGAAAUCACACAUCCGGAUUCAGUGUAAUACGUUUGCACUCAUGGAGAUUCUGCUAAUUUUAUUAAACUGAAAUAGACCAAAAUCUUUAAUAUUGUUCUGCUUUUUAAUCUGUAAUAUAUCGUUAUUGUUUUUUUUCUCCAUGCUGGUUGUGGCAUUUCUCAACAGCACAGAGAUCAGCUGUCAGUCAAACAUUAGGCCCUCCAAGGUUUGGAGGCCUAUCUCCCCCCACCACUUCCCCUGCCGGUGGCAGACGCCCUCAGACAUCGAUGCGUUGGUGGUUCUUUGUGUCCGGGGGUGGGC